AUCAGAAUGUUUUCUUGGAGAUUUUCAAAGUAAACGCGCAGACACGGAGAGUCCAAUGAAAGUAAUUUCUUCAAAGGCGUGACAUUAACCAAAGUUCACGUGGAAGGAUAUGUUGAGUUGGAACUGAACGGCUGUUGCUGGUUACAUCAAUAAUGGCAUGGCAAAGACAGCAACGUUUUGUUUGUUUCUCUGUUGUUUUGGUGUCGUUGUUUGAAGCGGCGAAAAAAAGCAAAAUUUACCUUCGGAGAAGCAAAUGACUUGCUUCUCUUAAGAACAGGAGUUCAUUAAAAAGUAAAAAGUAAAGUAAGUAAAAAAAAAAAAAAAAAAAACGGUUUAUUGUGAAGGUCCUAAAUACCGGAAAUACCUGAAGCUCACCUGCUCUCAUUUGUCCGAGCCUCUGAAAGCGCAGGUAACCUGUUCUCGAGAGUUUAACAAGUAUAUACUCGUUGAGUAUAAACGACGAUCCAUGUUGGUUGACUUUGGGACAGCAACCUUUUAACUGCAGCUACUUCUGCCGAAAAAAAUGAAAUGAAAGUUAACCUAAGGCACGUCAGUCACGACGGGUAGUAGUUUUGCAGAGAUGAUUUGUCGAAUUAUUCUGGCAUACUGGAUCCUAACCCCCUGCCUAGUUGCUGGACAGUCUACCACUUAUGGACUGGUGGGAGGGACAGUGACCCUGAAGGCAGACGAGGAUACCCCUGAUGAAAUUCUGUGGAAGCAUAAAGGGAACAAAGUGGUGGAGUUUAGUGGCAAUGAGCAACAGGAGUUCGGAUCGUUUUCAAACAGGAUCACUCUCGAUUGGGGUUCUGCAGAUCUCACAAUCACUAACCUCAGAUAUGAAGACAGCGGAGAAUAUGUGUUGGAAGUAUACAAGAACAGUAAAUUGACAAAAUCAGUUCUUUAUCUGGAAGUCAUUGACAAAGUGGCCAAGCCGACAAUAUCCUGUAAGAAGAGCACAGACAGCAGCACUGACACAUCUGAAAUCCAGGCCACACUGACGUGCUCCUCAGAACCUGGACAGUUUCAGUCGUUAUUAAAGUUUCAGUGGAGCUCACAUGAAGAGCCUGGACCACAUUUAACAAUACCUCUAGGGGGUAAACUUGAUGAUGAAGUUUACACUUGUACAGCAAGCAACCCUGUGUCUGAAGCAUCAACUACAUUCACUGCAAAGGAUUGCAACCUUGAUGAUCCAAAUACUGACAGUGACAGUAUCAUUGGUAUUGGUAUUGGCGUUGGCGUUGUCUUAGCUAUUGUCAUUCCUCUGGCUCUGUUGUUGUUCUGCAAACUAAAGCAUAAAGCAUGCUUUGCCAAAGGAAAUGAUGAGCAAUGGGCAUCUCAUGGUGAAACAGGAGGGUCCACAAAUGAUGAAAAUCAGCCAUGCCUCUCUGGCAAUAAAGGACAAGAGAAAACUGUCUCAGACUGUGACCCUGAAACACACCAAAUGUCAUUUAAACAAAAAAGGGAAAUAUUUCAGCAAGGAGAGAAACCAGCUGUCUCAGACAGUGACCCUGAAACACCCCAAAUGCCGUUUGAACAAACAAGAGAAAUGUUUGAGCGAGGACAGCCACCAGCUGUUCCACUCCCUGUGCCUAAGAAACCAAUGAGAAACUCUAUAAUCAGCAAAGAAAAUGUCGCCCAGCCCAGAGAACCUACAAAGGAAACAGUCUCACAGUGUGACCCUGCAGAUCCUGAGAAGAUGAAUGAUGUGUUGCCUGGUGCGUUGAACGAUGAUAAGUCAGACAAAACGGCAGAUGAGAAUAAAGAAUCAAUGACGUCUUCUGCAAAUGCUCCUCUUCUUGUUUUCUCUGAAAACUCUCCAUCUAAGGACGCUGAACACAAGGAAGACACCAACUCAGAUCAGGACGCUGGAGAAACUGAAGAGAAAAACAAUGAGAACUUUUCAAGAUCAGUUCAGAUCCGUAGGAGCAUGUUUGAACCAAAAACUGGAGGAAAAAACCCACCAGAUGUUCCUAAAAAGCCGUCGGCUCCUGCGUUGAACGAUGAUAAGUCUGACAAAACGGCAGAUGAGAAUAAAGAAUCAAUGACGUCUUCUGCAAAUGCUCCUCCUCUUGUUUUCUCUGAAAACUCUCCAUCUAAGGACGCUGAACACAAGGAAGACACCAACUCAGAUCAGGACGCUGGAGGAACUGAAGAGAAAAACAAUGAGAACUUUUCAAGAUCAGUUCAGAUCCGUAGGAGCAUGUUUGAACCAAAAACUGGAGGAAAAAACCCACCAGAUGUUCCUAAAAAGCCGUCGGCUCCUGCGUUGAACGAUGAUAAGUCUGACAAAACGGCAGAUGAGAAUAAAGAAUCAAUGACGUCUUCUGCAAAUGCUCCUCCUCUUGUUUUCUCUGAAAACUCUCCAUCUAAGGACGCUGAACACAAGGAAGACACCAACUCAGAUCAGGACGCUGGAGAAACUGAAGAGAAAAACAAUGAGAACUUUUCAAGAUCAGUUCAGAUCCGUAGGAGCAUGUUUGAACCAAACACUGGAGGAAAAAACCCACCAGAUGAUGCUAAAAAGCCACCGGCUGCUGCGUUGAAAGAUGAUAAGUCUGACAAAAUGGCAGAUGAGAAUAAAGAAUCAAUGACAUCUUCUGUAAAUGCUCCUCCUCUUGGUUCCUCUAAAAACUCUCCAUCUAAGGACACUGAACGCAACAAAGACACCAACUCAGAUCAGGACUCUGGAGGAACUGAAGAGAAAAACAAUGAAAUCUUUUCAGGAUUAGUCCAGAACCGUAAGACCGUAUUUGAGCCAAACACUGGAGGAAAAAACCCACCAGAUGUUGCUAAAAAGCCACCGGCUGCUGCGUUGAAAGAUGAUAAGUCUGACAAAAUGGCAGAUGAGAAUGAAGAAUCAAUGACGUCUUCUGCAAAUGCUCCUCCUCUUGGUUCCUCUAAAAACUCUCCAUCUAAGGACACUGAACGCAACAAAGACACCAACUCAGAUCAGGACUCUGGAGGAACUGAAGAGAAAAACAAUGAAAUCUUUUCAGGAUUUGUCCAGAACCGUAAGACCGUAUUUGAGCCAAACACUGGAGGAAAAAACCCACCAGAUGAUGCUAAAAAGCCACCGGCUGCUGCGUUGAAAGAUGAUAAGUCUGACAAAAUGGCAGAUGAGAAUAAAGAAUCAAUGACAUCUUCUGUAAAUGCUCCUCCUCUUGGUUCCUCUAAAAACUCUCCAUCUAAGGACACUGAACGCAACAAAGACACCAACUCAGAUCAGGACUCUGGAGGAACUGAAGAGAAAAACAAUGAAAUCUUUUCAGGAUUAGUCCAGAACCGUAAGACCGUAUUUGAGCCAAACACUGGAGGAAAAAACCCACCAGAUGUUGCUAAAAAGCCACCGGCUGCUGCGUUGAAAGAUGAUAAGUCUGACAAAAUGGCAGAUGAGAAUGAAGAAUCAAUGACGUCUUCUGCAAAUGCUCCUCCUCUUGGUUCCUCUAAAAACUCUCCAUCUAAGGACACUGAACGCAACAAAGACACCAACUCAGAUCAGGACUCUGGAGGAACUGAAGAGAAAAACAAUGAAAUCUUUUCAGGAUUUGUCCAGAACCGUAAGACCGUAUUUGAGCCAAACACUGGAGGAAAAAACCCACCAGAUGAUGCUAAAAAGCCACCGGCUGCUGCGUUGAAAGAUGAUAAGACAGACAAAAAGGCAGAUGAGAAUAAAGAAUCAAUGAGAUCUUCUGCAAAUGCUCCUCCUCUUGUUUCCUCUGAAAACUCUCCAUCUAAGGACGCUGAACACAACGAAGACACCAACUCAGAUCAGGACGCAGGAGGAACUGAAGAGAAAAACAAUGAGAACUUUUCAAGAUUCGUUCAGAACCGUAGGAGCAAGUUUGAACCAAAAACUGGAGGAAAAAACCGACCAGAUGUUGCUAAAAAGCCACCGGCUCCUGCGUUGAACGAUGAUAAGUCUGACAAAAAGGCAGAUGAGAAUGAAGAAUCAAUGACGUCUUCUGCAAAUGCUCCUCUUGUUUUCUCUGAAAACUCUCCAUCUAAGGACGCUGAACACAAGGAAGACACCAACUCAGAUCAGGACGCUGGAGAUACUGAAGAGAAAAACAAUGAGAACUUUUCAAGAUUCGUUCAGAACCGUAGGAGCAUGUUUGAACCAAAAACUGGAGGAAAAAAACCACCAGAUGUUGCUAAAAAGCCACCGGCUGCUGCGUUGAAAGAUGAUAAGUCAGACAAAAAGGCAGAUGAGAAUAAAGAAUCAAUGAUGUCUUCUGUAAAUGCUCCUCCUCUUGGUUCCUCUAAAAACUCUCCAUCUAAGGACACUGAACGCAACGAAGACACCAACUCAGAUCAGGACUCUGGAGAAACUGAAGAGAAAAACAAUGAAAACCUAGGAUUAGUCCAGAACCGUAAGGCCGUAUUUGAGCCAAACACUGAAGGAAAAAACCCACCAGAUGUUGCUAAAAAGCCACCGGCUGCUGCGUUGAAAGAUGAUAAGACAGGCAAAAAGGCAGAUGAGAAUAAAGAAUCAAUGACGUCUUCUGCAAAUGCUCCUCCUCUUGUUUCCUCUGAAAACUCUCCAUCUAAGGACACUGACCGCAACAAAGACACCAACCCAGAUCAGGACUCUGGAGAAACUGAAGAGAAAAACAAUGAAAACUUUUCAGGAUUAGUCCAGAACCGUAAGACCGUAUUUGAGCCAAACACUGAAGGAAAAAACCCACCAGAUGUUGCUAAAAAGCCACCGGCUCCUGCGUUGAACGAUGAUAAGACAGGCAAAAAGGCAGAUGAGAAUAAAGAAUCAAUGAUGUCUUCUGCAAAUGCUCCUCCUCUUGGUUCCCCUAAAAACUCUCCAUCUAAGGACACUGAACGCAACAAAGACACCAACUCAGAUCAGGACUCUGGAGAAACUGAAGAGAAAAACAAUGAAAACUUUUCAGGAUUAGUCCAGAACCGUAAGACCGUAUUUGAGCCAAACACUGGAGGAAAAAACCCACCAGAUGAUGCUAAAAAGCCACCAGCUGCUGCGUUGAACGAUGAUAAGUCAGACCAAAAGCCAGAUGAUGAUAAAGAAUCAAUGACGUCUUCUGCAAAUGCUCCUCCUCCUGUUUCCUCUGAAAACUCUCCAUCUCAGGAUGGUGAACACAAGGAAGACGUCAACUCAGAUCAAGGAAAAGAAUCCAGCAGGUUAGAAGAGGGAACCAGCCCUGAACAGAAAGGUGCAGAAGCAUAAAUGGUCCAUGAGCCAAAUUAAAAGCAAGCAGACAUGAAAACACACUCAGGAGAAGACGACCGGGAGGACAGACAUAAAAAAGUUUCUGAAGAUAAUGAACCAGAUUUUGACAAAGAAGAUGACAAAAAGGAAAAGAAAUUUCCUUUACAAAACUCUCAGUAGCCUCUGAACCCAGUGACACUAAAACCAGACCACAUUACCACCAAUACCUGUCAAGAGCCCUCUCAGACUGAACAAGCAGACUCAGGAAGAGAAGAGGAAUAACAGUGAUUCACACAGUAGAACAGAGAAGGCAGACGAAGGUGAAGCUGUUGAUAAAAGUAAAGUUGUGUGUGGUGAUGUGGUGAUGUGGUGUGUCACGUGCACACAUGGGAAAGUGUGAAUUUAAUGAAAUGCUCUGUAUAUUAUGUGUUACUGUUACUGUUAUGAUUGUUUUCCUAUAAAUGCAUAAAUCUGGUUGUUCUAUAUCAAAAACACUUCAUCACUAUUAAAUAAAUCAAAAUUUUUCACAAA